AGUGCGCAGGCGUACCAACCAUUCAGUCAUUUCCACCGCACAGCUAUGUAGUGGACUAGUUGUGGUGUUUUAUUAAAAAUGUCCACUUUAAUGUGGUCCUGUCCGUGUUGUUUACGGUUCAAAUUCAGCCCCGAAGAGAUCGAGCAGCGGUACAAGUCAUUGGAGAUCGACAAGAUGCUCGAGAAGGACAAGCAGGCCCUCAAACGGCAAGUCAAGCUGCUGUUAUUGGGCGCUGGGGAGAGUGGCAAGUCGACUUUUCUCAAGCAGAUGAAAAUCAUCCACGGAGUCAAAUUCGAGAGCGAAAUGCUGAUGGAAUACCAGCAGAUCAUCUACCAGAACGUCAUCAAGGGGAUGCGCGUGCUGGUGGACGCCAGAGACAAGCUGGGCAUUCCGUGGGGGGACACCUCGAACGCCGCCCUCGGCAAGGAGCUUCUGCAGUUCAACGGCUCGGUGCUGGACUCCAGGACGUUCAUCCAGUAUUGCCCUUUGCUGGUGAAGCUGUGGCGGGACAGCGGCAUUUUAAGGGCUUUCGAUCGGAGAAGGGAGUUUCAGUUGAGUGACUCUGUGGAAUAUUUCCUGAACAAUUUGGACCGGGUCUCCCGCCACGACUACAUCCCCAAUCACAAGGACAUCCUCCACUGCCGCAAGGCCACCAAGGGAAUCACCGAAUUUGCGAUUCCGAUAAACAAUAUUCCGUUUUUGUUCGUCGAUGUCGGCGGUCAAAGAUCGCAGAGACAAAAGUGGUUUCAGUGUUUCGAUUCGGUGACUUCGAUACUCUUCCUCGUAUCGUCGUCCGAAUUCGACCAAGUGCUGCUCGAGGACAGGAAAACGAACCGAUUGGAGGAGUCGAGGGAUAUUUUCGACACGAUAGUCAACAAUCGGAUAUUCGUAAACGUCUCCGUUAUCCUCUUUUUGAACAAGUACGAUUUGUUGCUGAAAAAAGUGGCCAAUCCCGAGACGAACAUCCACUGGUAUUUCCCCCAAUUCGCGGGGAACCCCCAUUCGAUCAACGACGUGAAGGAGUUCAUCCUGGCGAUGUUCACGGGGGUGAAGAGGGAGUCGCGGAAGGUUCUUUAUCACCAUUUUACAACAGCUGUUGAUACGGAGAAUAUCAAAGUCGUUUUUGAAUACGUAAAAGAGAUUAUUUUGCAUCGAAAUCUGGAAAGUCUUCUGCUUUAACACUGACUGAAGUGUGCUAUGGCUGUGUAUCACACAAUCGAUUAUCGCAAGACUGACUAAGUUUAAUUAGUCUGAUAAGACUUUGGGAAUUUUAUGGAAUUACAUAAAUGUGAUAGUUUUUUAGAUUUUUUCGGAGAGGUACAACCAAAGAGUCAAAAUGCAAUAACCAAAUACUCACAUUUCUGUAAUUUUCGCCGAAUAUUUAUCUCCAAUCGUAGUUAGUAAUACUGCCAAACGUGCCUCAUUUUUACGUAUUUAUCGAAGGUUUUUAGUCCGUCGGGUUCUUAUGUAAAAUAUUGUAAUAUAUUUUUUAUAUUUUAGAAUGUUAGAGAUUUUAGUAAUGUGAUCCGAUUUUAGAACGGCCUAAAUUAUAUUUUGUAUAUAGUUGUGACACAUUUUAUGAAAUUUUACCGAGUUUUCGGCAGCUGAGUGUCUGGUGAACUAGUUACAGGGAGUUUUAUAGUGCCUUAAAACACAACUUCUAAAAAUAUACUCAAUACAAUAUAAACAACGUAAUUCUCGAAACAGUUCUCUGAUUUUCAUUGUAUAAUAAAAAUGUAUAUAAGUAUCCUUUAUUUCUUUAUAAAUAUUUUUCUAAUUGUUAAUAAAAAGUAUU